AUGCCAUCCGUCGAAUCAUGGGCUCAUAUGAAAAGAACUCUUUUCAUUCUGGCCAACAAAGACCUUUCAAUCACCUCCCUCGACCUCCGCCUAUGGAUGCCUGAGAAUACCGUUCUUUCCGGUCGCCGCGCCCUUCACAAACUCGCUAUUCGUUUUAAAGGCCCAUUUAUAUUCCAGCCAGAGCUUACAGUCGCGACAACGCCUCUAUCUAGUCUUGCCGAUGUCGUUUCCAAGACCUCGAGGUUCUGGACACUCGCAAAUACGGACUUCUGUGUCCACGGACUGAGCCCGAGCUUUUGUCACUACGAUGACAUCCUUUUCUCCAUCGAAGCUUUGCAGCCCAUAUCUUUUGUGAGAUGUAACCAGAACAGCGUCAACAUCAUGGUUCAGUUCCCCAGGUUUGAUCGAGGCUCUGAGUACCCUUUGGUUCAACUCGAGGAUGAUGUGGUGGGAACACGAAGAUGGUUUGACUCUAGGACUGGCAACGGCACAACAGUAAAUGUGACAUGGAUUGAUCUUCCAGAAACAACGUUUGGGCUAUCGUCUCUAGGUGCACUGGCUUGUAUUCCUGGGGACAAUUUGAAUUCAACGGAUCAAGUGAUGGCUUGUACUAUCGACGCAAGAUGGGCCAAUGCUACUGCCUCGUCUUCCUUUCUUGGUGGACCUCUGGUAGUUUCUGGAUCACCCCGAGACUGA